CAUGUACAGUGUAGGGGGGUGGUCACAUGUCAUCAAUGAACCUACAUGUAAUAGGGAAUGUAGCUUAUGAUGUCAGACAGUUUUGUCUUUAUUAAGAGCUCAGGCAGAAGGAAUCCAGUUCCCCUCACAUUGAGCCAAAGGACACAUCUCCUUCCUGGAGUCCUGCUCUGCUUCAUCACAGGAGCAUUGGGAUUAUUACACAGACACACACACACUCCAGACAGAACUGCAACAGCCCCGGGAGCAGCAGAAGCAGCAACAGGAGCCUGACUACAAGGUCACCAUAUUCAUUGCUUAAAAAGACAGAAGAAAGAAAUCGCACCGAUCGGAUUUGCUGAGGAAAAUACAGAAGGUAUCUUCCCAAGAUGUUUUGGACGCUAUUUCCACAUUGCAGUUUGGCUAUGUUCAUCCUUAGCUGUUCCCUGCCAGUCCAUGGGAGACCAGCACAGGGGAUCAACGGCAGAGUACGGAGAGCAGUGUCUGAGCACCAGUAUCUCCAUGAUAAAGGCCGGGCAAUCCAAGAGCUGCGGCGCAGGAUAUUUCUCCAGAACCUGAUGGGCAGAGUAAACACGGCGGGACUGCAUAUGGCAGAUGAGGCCUUACUCCCAGCCACCAGUGUGAAGAACUACAACACCCUGCGCUUGGUGGGAGGAGAAGAAGAGGGCGUCACAACACACCUGACUCAAGAGACACAAAAAUCACUGAGCUACAAGGAGCCCUCUCCAAAAAUCCACGGCAAGAAGAAAAAAGGGAAGCCUGGAAAGCGCAAAGACCAGGAGAAGAGGAAGAGGCAGGAACGUUCCGCAUUGGAAAGUCUGCAAGACCCACCAGGAUCAGCUUUUUGGUUGGAAGAGUUAGAUUACAGGACACAGUGAACAUUUGACUGGAGAAUACUUGUAUUUUGGAGAAAAUCUGAAAUAAUAA